AUGUCGCUCCUUCAGCAUCUUUUUAUGGUUCCUUCCGACGAAAAACAUCUCCCACUUUGGCGACUUUUCGAUCUGAUCCUGCAACAUUUAACCCUACAUGCAACUGUUCACGGUAUGACCGAUGUAGAGGAAGCGUUCACAUCAGCCAUUGAUAUGGAGGACGUUCUCACAAGAUUGCAUACGCAAUGCGACUAUGAACGAUUGGAAGGUGAAAUGGAACGAUUAAAAGAAGAAUUGGAUCAAGAAAGGAUGCGUGCAAUGGAAUUGGACAAUCGCAUAGCGGAUUUGGGUGAUGGAAGGAAUAGUGUGCUGGAUUUACAAGAUAUCGCUACAACUUUCGCCUCUUGUUCGCAAAAAGACGAUGAUGCAGACUUCUACAGUACGAUUUCGAGACGAAGCAGGGAUGCGCAGGUUUCUGUGAUAGAUCCAAGACGGUAUCAGAAUUGUACGAUUAUGUUGUCAAAGUUGAAACUUACUCAUCGUGAGAUUAGAACUGCACUUUUGGCUAUGGAUGAUAAGGGGAAACUUCCAAAGGACAUGAUUGAGCAGUUCAAACAAUUACUUGCUCUUAUUCUCGCGAUUGGAAAUUACCUGAAUUAUGGAAAACGUAGCGGAAAUGCAUUUGGAUUUGAUCUCUCGUCGUUGAAUCGCCUCAGCGAUGUGAAGUUUUCACAUAGAUCCGAUCGCAAUCUUCUUCACUACAUUCUACAAGUUGUGGACAAUCGUUUUCCCGACUUAGGAAAGCUAAGGCGGGAGCUGUCUGCUGUAUAUGAUGCAGCGCGAUAUAACCGCAGUGACGUAUUGGCUGAAAUUCGAAGUUUGGAGCAGUCAAUAUCGGCCGUUCGAUCGGAGUUGGCCUUCAUUUUGGAAGCAGCUCGUAAUGGGCAAACUAAGGAGGACACGCCUGAAGACUGCAAAAAGUUUGCUGCCGUUGCAACGCAAUUCUGCUUUGAUACAGUCAAUCCUGAGGAGUUAUUUGGUUGUUUGGCAAAGUUUCUCACAGCAUUCUGUGAUGCUCAACAGCAGUUGUGGAUCGAAUAUUUUGGCGGAAGAGAAACCAAUCUAGGGGUUUAUAAGGAAGGAUAUGCUAAAGUAGGAUUUUGCGGGCUCUAA